AUUCCAAUCAGAUUUUAGUUUGUCAGCAGGCUAUUGUUAUGACCGCGCGGUAUAAAGAUGGAGGACGGGUAUCUGAUUGAAAUCAUGUGGACACGGGCUAACAGCAGGUUAUCAAGGAACAUGAACACCGCGGCGGUAUCAAUGGUUGUGAGCUGUAUUCUUCUCCUAUCGUCAUCGUCUGGUAAUCAGGAGAGGGAAAACGUUACAGUGGACAGUGGAACUACCAACAUAAGCAAGAGUGAUCUGAUGUUGUCAUUCAGGGAAAGAUGUGAAUUGAUUGGUUGUGAAAAUAGCCUAUGGUUUGAAAGAGAUAAACGGGUGAAAAAUACCUCGUAUAUAUGCUCCGAUUGUACCUGCCGUGAUGAUUGUUAUCAGAAAGCCAACUGCUGUCCUUCGAAGAUAUUAGAGGACAUCCAAUAUGAAAACAGUAGAUUAAAGAAGUUUCCAUCGCUCUGCUCUGCCACAGAAUUGAUAAGGAGUAAAAAGAAACCAAGAGCAUAUCGUACAUAUGGAUAUUGGAUGGUGGGGACGUGUCCCAUAUGGUAUCCCAAGAAUACUAUCUACAACAACUGUGUAGAUAACAUAUCUCUUUCAGCAGAUAUUUCUGUUCACUAUCCAGUAACAUCUUUUGCAACCAAUGUUACCUACAAGAAUAUCUACUGUGCACUAUGUCAUGGCGAGGACAGAUCUCAAGUGCUUCGCUGGAAAAUGUCGGUCAAAAUUGAUUUCAAACAACUUGAUGAUUUCCCGUAUAUCGGACAGUCCGACGAAGAAAUUUUCAAAGGGUUUGCUGAAAACAAUUCCGAUUUUCAUCUUGUUUUUGAGCCACCCGAAUCAGUGAGAGACUCCGUACAUGCCUGUUUUAUCGACCAUUUUAGUUGCAAAACAGCUGAUGUCCUCAAUAACACACCUCCUUAUAGAACAUGUCAGGAUCGAAAUUAUUUUUCUAUUUUCACAAACUGCAAUGAAACUAAUCAAAGCUAUUUUCACUGUGCUAUCUGCAACACAGAAUAUUUAUAUGAUUCUCUGUGGUGCCCAGUGAAAACACAAAACACAUCCGAUUUCCCUAAUCAUAUCAACGUACAGUUUGCAACAAAAACGGAUAAAAAUGUUGAAUACAGAUAUAGCCAAAAAUGUGCUCCGGGGGAGGUUUAUGAUCCGAAGAAGGUAAUCAUAUGUAAAUAAUUUCAAUUUUGUUGUACUUCUUUAUUAUGUUCCAUAUUGAGACUUCAAAAGAGGUCCCUGGUCCUUAAGGUUAAGUUAACACCUAAGUAUUUGAACACAACUGCGCGAGAUGUUAUAAUCGUGUAGUGUACUGGUCCUAUGCUUAUUUCAUCGGUUCAAACAUGAUCUGCAUUCAUUACUUGAACCUAUGCAGUUGAAUUUUUUUUAUGUCGAUUCAAAUUUUAAAAGGAUUUGAAUACGGCUACAUUUUGGGGGGACAGGAUUGCUUAAUGAAAAAAGGUUCCAAAUCUGCAUGAUUUUGCUAUUUCUGUUUUAUCCAACAUAUGUAGUCAAUAUUCAUUCGCCUAGGCGUGAAUUUCAACUUUCUAAUUAUUUAUACAAGUAUUAGAGACUUGGGAACAGCGAUUCUUAAAUAUGUAUAUCAAUUAACCGAAAAUUUGUAUGCAAUUUAGCAUUUUCAUCAAAAAUUGAAAAAAGGAUCUAUAAUUCCCAAUUUUUAAAGUUUUAUUUCAUUCUCUUACAAGAUUUCUUAAUCUAUGUUCAAUAUAAUAUAUACAUGUAUGUUCUAAUAAUAUUGUUGUUUGAGACUCUUAAAAUUCUAUAUGUUGAUUUUCUUCCAUAUCUUAAGCG